GGGGCGCGGCGGGAGCGCGCUUUCCGUGUCUGGUUAGUGGACUGACAGCCAGCUGUGCGGCUACAACGACAACAACAACCUCCUGGAUUUCCAAUAUACAACUAAAUUCGAGUUGGUCUGCUACUGCUCCUAAUCAUACACUAUAGCUGUUUUUCGAAGCGAGCACUCGACAGCACACAGCUACGAUCAGUAUCAUCGGCGGUUUCUGUUGCUAACUAGCUAGAAGAGCAUUCCUCCAACAUGAAUCCGUUGUGUAGCAGAUGUAAUCUAGUCGUUUACCCCACGGAAAAAGUGAAUUGUCUGGACAAGUAUUGGCAUAAAGGAUGCUUCAGCUGCGAGGUCUGCAAAAUGACUCUAAACAUGAAGAAUUACAAAGGCUUUGAGAAGAGACCAUACUGCAAUGCACACUACCCCAAGUCAAGCUUCACCUGUGUGACUGACACUCCAGAGAACCUCCGCCUCAAACAGCAGAGCAAGAUACAGAGCCAGGUUCUUUACAGGGAGGACUUUGAGAAGAAUAAAGGGAAGGGUUUCAGCGUGGUCGCAGACACACCAGAGAUGCAAAGAAUUAAGAAAACGCAGGAUCAAAUCAGCAAUAUUAAGUACCAUGAGGAGUUUGAGAAGAAGAAGGUGGGAGAGGGUCCACAAAUUCAGCCAGGCAACCCCAGUGCAGGUGCUUACCAGCAGCCUGCCGCCCCUCAGAACUACCACUAUGAUCCUGCUCCUGAACCAGCGCGCCAGGCGGCCGCUGCCCCGCCUCCCGGUGCUGGGAAGCGAUACAGGGCAGUGUAUGACUACUCUGCCGCCGAUGAGGAUGAAGUUUCCUUUAUGGAUGGAGAUGUGAUCGUAGACGUGCAGCAGAUCGAUGAAGGCUGGAUGUAUGGCCGCGUGGAGCGCACCGGCCAGCAGGGCAUGCUGCCUGCCAACUAUGUGGAGGCCAUCUGAGUGAGAGGGAAAGAAAAAGUGGGAGAAAAAAAAGAGAGGAGGAGAUAGAGAAAGGGAGGGAAAGUAGGAGAGGAAAAGCCCAGUGCCAUCUCAUCUUAGCGCCGCUUUCUCUUAUUUUUACUCUUGUUCCCUAAUCUGUCCUGUGAGACCCUGAAACCCCUCCCUUCCGCAUCCCUGCUCUGCUCUCACCGUUUGUCAGCCACAGACACCCUCUAUCUAGCUCUCUGUCCUUUCGUCUGUCUGCCUGCCUGCCUGCUUCUCUCUUCAUCCGUCUUUGCUGAUGUCGCUCUGUUUGGAUGUUCAUCAUCCUCUUUGUCCCCAUCCUGGCUCCACUCUCAUGCAGCUGCAAGUGGGAAUGGAAAGUCCUCAAAGACAACUUCACAGUUCUUUGCAAUAUGUCAGGGGUCCAUGCCGCGUCACACAGCUCCAUCCUAGCUAUGCCACUUAACAAUCCUGCCACCAAAACAUGCAAAAAUAAAGAAGAAAAUGUAAAAAAAAAAAAAAAAAAAAAAUCUCACAAGUGAGUCAACACUGCAGACAUUAUGCUGUGGAGAAACUAAUUCAAAGUGUCUUUGAGUGGCUUUUUAAUAGGCCCAUCUGUUUGCAUUUGUUUCUUUAAUUUUGCGCCGUGAUCUUGGCCAGACUGGAAACGCAGUGUAGAAUCUCAGUCUGUCUAAGCUUGAAUAUUUUUGACUUGAGUACAUUCCUUUAACCUCUAACUCUCUUGCUGUUGCAUCAGUCCGCCAGUUUUCAGUCUUAACAGAGAGGUUUUUAAUAUAUUUAUAGAUGGACACACAGCUCGCCAGUCUGCUCAAGCAGGCACUGUCGCAUUCAGCGCCGCGUUGGUGUCAAACUGGAAUCAUAGCCUAACUGUAGAGCACCUCCUGUAGAGCCUUUCUGAGGCUUCCUGGAUACAGGAGGGGUCAGGGACAUGUUAGGGGAUUUCACCAGGCUUUCACUUGCAGCCUCACUGAAAACACCACCUGCAUGUAUAGUCUACACACCUUUUUAUUCCUGAUUUUGCAGCCUAAAUGCCUUCAGUCCUGUGAGAAUCACAAAAGGUGUGGUGAUCAAGAUUAAGCUAUUUGGAAAAAAGAAAUUCUUUGCUGCAGAAUGGCCAUCAAAGAAAUCAUUUAUAAAAGACGAGGCCAAGCACAACUCGAUAUUGUGAAUCUUUUAUUUGAAUUUCAUUCCUCUGUUUCUGUGAGAGUACAUUCCAGUUUUCUUUUUUACUUUUUCAUUUAACGUGAGAAUCUUUUGAAUUCCCGGCUGUGGUAGAUGUUGUCAUUUUUCCUCAUUCUGUUCUUCCUGAAAUGCCCUUGCUGUUAUAAGAUGUUUAUUUUCACAAAAAAACAAAAAAAAAAAACAGAUCAGUGUGUUUAAUGAAAUAAACCAGCAACACAAUUUGCAAGGCAGGAAAUGAGAAUUUAUGGAGUCGCAGUAUUAGAUCGGUUGUGGGAUUAAUGAACUUGCAGUUUCAGAGCAGCGCUGGUUGCUCGUCGUUAAAGCCCGUUUCUGAUCAGUGGAUCUGUCUCAUGAAGUUUAUUGUUCUUCAGCUUCUAAGAAAGAGUCAAGUUUAGAUGAAAUUAUUUAAAAUGCACCUGAAACGUAGUUUUAUUGUCUCCUCUGGUCAUUUAAACAUCUAUAAAAGCGAGUGUCACCUGUGUCCGGGCAAGGCACUGUUUUCGGUCCACAUGGCAGGUGAAUCCCAGCUCCAGCCAGCUCUCAUUAGCUGGUAACUAAAUGUUAAAAUGGUUUCCGAGCAUGAAAUGAAGCAUUUAUGUUGCUGGCUCUUUUUUUUUUUUUUUUUUUUACAGACAGGCUGUCUUUUUCUCCCAUGCAAAUACUAUUUCUGUGACAACCAUAACACAUUAAAUUGUCAUUGUAGUCGCCAUUCCACCGUGGUGUAAAUAAUGUCACAGCCCCCCCCUGACCUUAUGCACAUUCUUGCUAUUUCAUACCCCUGUGAUGCACUGUGACUGUCACAGACAUGAGCAAUCCGGGUGGGGCAUCUUUACGACGGAGCUGGGGGGAGCAGGGAGGGAGGGGAUUUCAGCUUUAUUAAGUGAAAUGAGGCUCUCACUAUGUAGCUAGAUGACAUUGUAAAAUUGUAUAUGUAUCAUAAAUGUAAGUUAGGGGGAAUUGUUUUUACAGGUCAUGGUGCUCUGGGAAGUGGCUUGCCUGCAGAUAAGUGUUUCAAUUUUUUGUGAAUGUGGGGAAGUUGAAUUUUUUUUUCCUUUUUCUUUUAAAGCUGACUCACGGUUGGUGCAAGUUGUCAGUUGGUGUUGAACAAUCAAGCUCUUUAAUGUGAUGAAUUGUGACAGUGCUGAUGAAGAAAACAAAACACUGAAUCAGGAAAAAAAAAAAGACAUCUAACCUUCUAGCAAAUGAAAAUGAGUGAACACACUGUACACUUACCUUUCCUGCAUUUUGCAUUAAUCCCUGUUUGACAACAGGAUAUCUGCAAAACAGACAGUCGAUUGGAAAGUUGUAUUAGAGCUCACAGUUGUGUGUAUCUCUGGGGUAAAUUGAGGGAUUUUGUGGUUUGGCUUUGAGUGAAAUGAUUGUUGUUCCUGGCUUAUGGUGGCAUUUUGCCCAGAUUUAAUUAAUAACAAAGCUACUUAUACUGGUAGCCUUUGGAUUGCAUCCAAUCCAAACUCUCUUUUAUCCCAAGUGUGUUGAUUGUUGUCAGUUGGUGGUGUGGAUGAAAUGGUGUGGGGGGGGUGGGAAUGGCCAAGACAGCCAGUGUUGUUUAAGUGUGGCUCAGGAGGGAUUCGAUUAAGGGACUGAAGGCGGCGAUCCGUUUGAUCGCCAUCUCUCAGUCUGUGAGACGGGGCAAGUUGUUUGUCUGACCUGGAUGUUAGUCAGGAGUUCACCUCUUUGCGCCAAAUAUGCUCCUCUGCUCUUGUCAUCACUACUGAACCCCAACUUCAUAUCAUAACCCUGCUUCCGUUCUGUUUCUCUUAUUAUCCUGUUCAACCUCCUGCUGCAGUCCCUCUUUCCUCCAGCCUUCAUCACAGGCUCCUGUGCUUCUGAGGAAUCAUCCCUUGCUUCUAUGAUACUGGUUAUAUACUGUAGACUUUGCAGACUGAAAUCAUAUAAUCCACAACUGCAGGUUUAGCAUUCAGACCCGUGCAUUCCAUCUUAAAUUGUUUUUGUUUUUGAUAUAAUUUUGUUAUUUUUUUAAAUAAAAAAAGAAUAAAUAUACCAUAUGCAUAUUGACAUACACAUGUAUUCCACACUCAGAAUACAUCCUCAGAUUAAGGACCUGAUAUCAUCUGUUGCCCUGAUACAGCACUUCAAAUUGUACUUAUGAUUCUGCAGAUUCAAUAAAAUGUCUUUUUUUUCUCAGA